AUGGAGAAAACGGCGAUUAAGAAGAAGGGUUGGGGAGCGCGAUGGCUUUGGAUGGUGAUGGCUCUCGUGGCUGUGUUUGUUGCUAUGGCUGUGUCCUCUAGAACUUCUCCGAGAAUUGCUCUAUUUGGAGCCAUUGAUAGAGCUUGUAAGUGUGCGCGGGGUACACCGAAGUACAGUGGCAUGGUGGAGGAUUGUUGUUGUGAUUAUGAAACUGUAGACCAUCUCAAUGAGGAAGUGUUGAAUCCUUCUCUUCAAGAGCUCGUGAAGACCCCUUUUUUUCGAUAUUUUAAGGUGAAGUUAUGGUGUGACUGUCCUUUCUGGCCUGACGAUGGCAUGUGCCGGUUGAGGGACUGUAGUGUAUGUGAAUGCCCAGAAAGUGAGUUUCCCGAAUCGUUUAAGAAGCCCCAUCGCUUCUCAAUGAAUGAUCUUGUUUGUCAAGAAGGUAAACCUCAGGCAGCUGUUGACCGUACUUUAGACAGUAAAGCUUUCAGAGGGUGGACAGAAAUAGACAAUCCAUGGACAAAUGAUGACGAGACUGACAAUGAUGAGAUGACAUACGUGAAUCUUCAACUGAAUCCUGAAAGAUAUACUGGUUAUACUGGUCCGUCUGCAAGAAGGAUAUGGGAUUCUGUCUACUCUGAGAACUGCCCCAAAUAUCCAUCUCAAGAGUUAUGCCAGGAGGAGAAGAUUUUGUAUAAAUUGAUAUCCGGUCUUCACUCCUCCAUAUCAAUACAUAUAGCUGCUGAGUAUCUACUUGAUGAAGCUACAAAUUUGUGGGGGCAAAAUCUUACUUUGAUGUAUGAUCGAGUCCUAAAAUACCCAGAUCGUGUCAGAAAUUUGUAUUUCACUUUUCUCUUUGUGCUGCGAGCAGUAACCAAAGCUGCAGAUUAUCUGGAACAGGCAGAGUACGAUACAGGUAACUAUAAUGAGGACCUGAGGACACAGUCCUUGAUAAAGCAGCUACUUUAUAACCCCAAGCUUCAAGCUGCUUGUCCAAUUCCAUUUGAUGAAGCUAAUUUGUGGAAAGGCCAAAGUGGACCUGAGCUAAAGCAGAAAAUUCAACAACAAUUUAGAAACAUCAGUGCAUUGAUGGAUUGUGUAGGAUGUGAGAAGUGUCGAUUAUGGGGUAAGCUUCAGGUUCUUGGUCUUGGAACUGCACUAAAGAUUCUCUUCUCUGUUGAUGGUCAAGAAAACUCGAUUCAAACACUGCAGCUGCAAAGGAAUGAGGUAAUUGCAUUGAUGAACCUUCUCAAUCGACUUUCGGAAUCUGUCAAAUUUGUCCAUGAAGUGGGACCUGCAGCUGAUAGAAUCAUGGAAGGACAUUUUUCUGCUCAUACAACAUUGAUUAACUCAUUGAAAAGAAUUUGGUCCUUUGCAUCUAAAACUUAG